AUUGUGCUGUUUCCUUAUCUGUUUUCGUUCCGACUUCCGAGCAUUUCGACAGUACCAUUCGACAGCGGUUGACUUGUUGUUUACGGUAUUUUUAAUAUUACAACAUUUACAACCGCAAUAAUAAUAAUAAUAAUAUUAAACAUUUAUACGUUAUUAUUAUUAUUGCAUACCGUUCGCGUUGUGUUUUUUUCGCGUGACCCGUCAACGAACAUCCCGGACCUUGGUGAAGCGGAAGGAAAUCGCAGGACGACAGACACGCACAGGUUGGUACCGUACACUUAAUGUUACUACCAUCCAGCGUCCACAAUGAUCGAAAACGCGGAACUGGUCAUGCAAAUGCUGGAGAUGUACCAGAUGUACAAGCAACAGGUUCCCGUGGAACUGGAAGAGUACCUAAGGUACGUAGCAAAGACCGGAAACACACUGUUCCAGUGGACGCUGGUCAAGCCGUUCAUCCGUGAGAAGAUAAUGAACGUUAUUGCCGAAUUUGUGGAACAGUCUGCGCUGUCUGACAUACCGCCAUACCCAAAUGUCGAUCCAUUCAACUACGAGGCCAUGAAGACCAUGUUGUUGGAGCGUUUUGACACUUUCAAUGGGCCCCCGUUCACAAUUCAGAGGCUUUGUGAGUUGUUAUCUUGCCCAAGAAAAGAGUACAACCGUGUGGACAAAUUUAUGCGUGCUGUAGAAAAAAACAUAUUGGUCGUCAGUACUUGCGAGUUGAGACCCAAACGAGAAGAGCCCAUUGUCAAUGGCGUCCCAGACCGUUGGGAAAAUGGGAAAGAGUCCGAUAUCAGUAUGGAAUUGGUAGAUAAAAAUAAUGUUAUUACAGACACAAGUGUCCUAAAUGGUAAUGAUACAGUUGAAAGUCUUCUGAACGAACUAGAAUCAAUGAAAACUCCUGAAACAAAACUGGAUGAAUCAAAGACAGAACAAAAAGAUCAUCUUGUCGCACAAGUUACAGACAAAGUUGAACCUAAUAUUACUCCUGAAGAACCCAAACAAGAUACUCCAGUAUUAAUCACCCAAGAUACACCACUUCAGACACAGAUUACAGAUUCUACUACAGAAGUUGCAGAACCGGUCGAUAUUGAUGUCGAACCGGUCGAUGUUGAUGUCCCACCAAAUGUUUCUGCUGAACAUGAAUCUACAGUUGACCAACCAAAAGAGUUAAACUCUGAAGUCAGUGAAAUUCAACCUGUUGAAGUUAAAGAACAAAUUGUAAGUGAUCCUGUUGAUGAGCUUAAAGAUUUAUCCCAAGAUAUAGACCUUGAAAUUGUCAAACCAAAAACUGAAGAGCCAAUUGUAGAAAGUAAUAAAUUGGAUCAUUUGGAAUUAACACCAAUAGAUGCUGAUCGAGUAGAAGGCUCAAUUAUUCAUCAAGCUCCUGAUUCUGAUAACAAAGUAGAAUUAGAUAUAGACGUAUCACAAACUGCAGUUGUGUUGGAAAAAUCAGACGAAAAUCUUGAAAGUAUGGAUGUACAAGUUGAAGAUGUAUCCAAAAGUAUGGAAUUGGAAGUAAUUAGUGAUAAUGUACAAGAAGAAUGUACAAAUCCUACAGAAAUUCAAAAUGACAAACAAGUUGGUGAAUCUACUGUUGAUGUACCUACUGUAGACCCAAUUUCUAUAGAUAUGGAGGUAGAACAAGAGAAGACAGAAAAUGACAUUAUCCCUGACGUUAUACCACAAGAAAGUGUUAAAGAAAAUGAAGACAUCCAGACAACGGAACCUAAUAAAACUGUUGAAGAACCUCAAGUACAGGAUGAAAAUAAAUUGACUGAAAGUGAAUAGUCUUAGUAAAUAUUAGCCCUAAAUGAAUAUUACAUACAUUGACUGGUUAGGUUAAUAAUAAUGAAAUUUUAUCAAUUAGGUAAAAGUUAUGUAAAAUUUAAUGUUUAUAUAUGUACCUACGUGAUAAAUUCAGAAUAAGUUAUUUCAUUUACUGUACAAAAUUAUUUGCAUAUAUUGCUAUUCUGAUUAAAUCAAUAAUCAAUAAUCAAUUUUUUUUUUUGAUAUAUAAUUGUAAAUGAAUAAAAAUGUAGUAUAUUUUGAAUAAAGCAUUUUUAUUUUUAUUAAAACAUUAAAAAUAAUCCAUGUUUUAACUAUUUGUAGCUCAAUACAUUAUUUGUUCAUAAUGUAUAAUUUUUUCUCGUCUUAUACAGGCACAUUUAUUUUAUAUUUUUUAAUAAAAAAUACAAUUACAUCAGAGAAAAAACUCACUUAAAGUAAUGCAUAUUUGUUAACUAAAUAAAAAGUAUCAACAUCUAUAUAUUUUCAUUCCUAUUUUAAUGUAUUGUUGUGUGUCAAAUACACUUUAUUUUUAAAUGUAAUUACAAAUGCUUUAUUUUUGAUGAAAAAAUUUCAUUUGUAUCUCUAAAUUAUCUAGUUAGUUUUAUAAUUUAUACUCUGUACUAUCUUGUUUGAAUGACUGAAUAACUUUUGCUUGAAUAUUUUAUUAACCGUAAAAAAUUUUCCAUUUGAAGUACAAUAAAUUAUAUUUGUACAUUAUCAAUAUUAUCAUCCCCUUUAUGAACAGUUAUCUAAUAUCGUUAUGAAAUUUGUUUAAAUAUAAUAUAACUUAUAAAAGAAAAACUAUAAAAG